AUGGCAUGCAGAGGAGAGCCCUCCGUCUUGGUGCUCACUGCAGCAGCGGCUACCUCCGCCCACAGUACUGCUCUAUUGGAGGAGGGGGCUAAGAUGGCCUUAGAGAGGUUGGAGGCUGAUGAUUUCACGGCCCUUAAAGACACCUGCUUUUCGUUGGCUACUAUACCUAGUAUGACUGAGGUGGUGGACAGGAGGCUGAGGUCUGGUAAAGUCACCGACAAGUUGGCUGGACUCAAGGAGGUCUCGGACUAUGCUUGGGAGCUCCUAGCUACAUGUGCUGUGCCGGCCACUCUGCAGUUCGUGGCCUCCAUCCCUGUCCUCAAGGUCGCCAUCACCUUGUAG